AUGGAUCGCGGUAGCUGGAGCGGCAGCGAGAGUCCAGGGGACGACAUGGAGAGACUGAGCGACUCAGGCGGGGAUAAGACCAUGGACGGUGACCCCGAGGGGGUCUGGAGCCCCGACAUCGAGCAGAGCUUCCAGGAGGCCCUGGCCAUCUACCCGCCCUGUGGAAGGAGGAAGAUUAUACUGUCAGAUGAAGGGAAGAUGUACGGUCGGAAUGAGCUGAUAGCCAGAUACAUCAAGCUCCGAACAGGCAAGACGCGGACGAGGAAACAGGUAUCCAGUCACAUCCAGGUUUUAGCCAGAAGAAAAUCCAGGGAGUUUCAAUCCAAACUAAAGGACCAGAACGCCAAGGAGAAGGCCCUGCAGAGCAUCUCCUCCAUGUCCUCGGCCCAGAUCGUCUCGGCCACUGCCAUCCACAGCAAGCUCCUUCCCGGACUAGUACGGAGCAGCUUCCCCAGCAACGCACAGCUUUGGCAGGGAAUGAUUCCUGGAGGACAGUCCAGCUCCACCACAGAAGACAUCAAGCCGUUCUCUCAGCAGGCCUACGUCGUGCAGACAGUGGGAACCAACACCAUCUCAGGUUACGAGGCUCCCACUGCGGCCCAAACGCACAGAGAGCCGGCGUGGCAGGGUCGCUCCAUCGGCACCACCAAACUACGACUGGUGGAGUUUUCAUCUUUCCUGGAGACACAGAGGGACCAGGAGGCAUACAACAAGCACCUGUUCGUGAACAUCAGCCAGAGCAGCCUGAGCUACAGCGACCCCAUGCUGGAGUGUGUGGACAUCAGGCAGAUCUACGACAAGUUCCCAGAGAAGAAGGGCGGCCUCAAGGAGCUGUUCGGGAAGGGCCCCCAAAACGCUUUCUACCUGAUCAAGUUCUGGGCCGACCUGACUUACAACGUGCAAGACGACCCGGCGGCCUUCUACGGGGUCAGCAGCCAAUACGAGAGCUCGGAGAACAUGACCAUCACCUGCUCCACCAAGGUCUGCUCCUUCGGCAAGCAGGUGGUCGAGAAGGUGGAGACAGAGUACGCAAGGUUUGAAAACGGGCGCUUCGUCUACAGAAUCAGUCGCUCUCCGAUGUGUGAAUACAUGAUCAACUUCAUCCACAAGCUCAAGCACCUGCCGGAGAAAUACAUGAUGAACAGUGUGCUGGAGAACUUCACUAUACUGCUGGUUGUCAGCAACAGAGACACUCAGGAGACCUUGCUUUGUAUGGCGUGUGUGUUUGAGGUGUCCAACAGCGAGCACGGAGCUCAACACCACAUCUAUCGACUCGUCAAGGAAUAACAGACACACACGCACGCACACGCACACACACACACACACACACACACACACACACACACACACACACACAUACACAGACGCACACAUAUGGCCUUUUUGCUUGAUGAUUACCGGUGACAUUGGAGGUAAAGAUGUCCAAAAACUGAAUACUACUUAAGUGUCUUUCAGCCAAACAACUCCACUCAGUGAGGAAGAAAAAAAUGGCUGCCUUUUCACCGCUGCUCACGAAACACCACAACA